AUGGCGGCUUUAGGUGAUGAUUUAAGGGAAUUGGAUGACAUAACUGGUGGUCUCCGCCCGCGGAGGCAUGACGAUGAUGAUGACGGCUCGGAUAAUGGGGAUGACGACCUAGAAAGUACAACUAGCGCUCCCGCUGCUGGGAAUGCAGAAAAUCAAAGACACACAGAGGAGGAAAAGGAGCUCCCGCCACAUGCAUGCGCAUAUUGCGGCAUCCAUAAUCCGAGCAGUGUUGUGAAAUGUCUCUCCUGCAGCAAGUGGUUUUGUAGCGCUCGUGGAAAUACCUCGUCCUCUCACAUUGUCAACCACCUCGUUCGAGCACGACACAAAGAAGUGCAAUUACACCCUGCCUCGUCUCUCGGGGAUACAAUUUUGGAGUGCUACAAUUGUGGAACUAAGAACGUCUUCCUUCUUGGGUUCAUUCCAGCGAAGUCUGAUACGGUCGUCGUAUUACUAUGCCGUCAACCUUGUGCCGCCAUGCCAUCGUCCAAAGACAUGAACUGGGAUACUUCCCGCUGGCAGCCACUCAUAGAAGAUCGUUCGUUCCUGCCGUGGCUUGUAGCUGCACCGUCUGACCAAGAGCAGCUGCGAGCUCGCCACCUUAGCCCCCAGCUCAUUGCAAAACUGGAGGAAAUGUGGAAAGAAAACUCCCAAGCCACGUUCUCAGAUCUCGAGAAGGCCACCGCUGUAGAUGACGAGCCUGCCCCCGUUCUUCUGCGUUAUGAUGAUGCUUUCCAGUAUCAGAACAUUUUCGGACCACUCGUCAAGAUUGAAGCGGAUUACGAUCGAAAAUUAAAAGAGUCACAGUCGCAGGAUGGGUUGAUUGUGCGGUGGGAUCUUGGUCUCAACAACAAACAUCUGGCUAGCUUCAUUCUACCAAAGCUUGAGCUUGGCGAUGUCAAACUGGCCGUAGGAGACGAAAUGCGACUGAAAUACACUGGAGAACUGCGGCCCAAGUGGGAAGGGGUUGGAUACGUCAUCAAGAUCCCGAACAACCAGUCUGAUGAGGUUACUAUUGAGCUGCGAGCAAAGGGAGAUCAUAAGUCGGUGCCUACAGAGUGUACACAUAAUUUUACUGCCGACUAUGUAUGGAAGUCCACCUCUUUUGAUCGUAUGCAACUCGCCAUGAAGACGUUCGCAGUUGAUGAGAUGAGCGUUUCUGGUUACAUCUUCCAUCGGCUUCUGGGUCAUGAGGUCGCCGCUGCACCAAUGAAGACACAGAUGCCCAAGAAAUUCAGUGUCCCUGGCCUUCCAGAACUAAAUGGUAGCCAGAUUAACGCAGUCAAGAGCGUCCUACAGAGGCCUCUGAGUCUUAUUCAAGGACCUCCCGGAACCGGAAAGACUGUCACAUCCGCUACCAUCAUUUAUCAUCUUGCCAAACUCAAUGGAGGUCAGGUACUAGUCUGCGCUCCUUCCAACGUCGCCGUUGAUCAACUCUGCGAGCGUAUCCACAGAACCGGUCUGAAGACAGUACGUGUAACAGCCAAAUCCCGCGAAGACGUUGAAUCUCCCGUUGGUUUCUUGUCUCUGCAUGAGCAAGUUCGCCUGAAUGAUAGCAAUAUCGAACUCCUGAAGCUUAAUCAGCUUAAGUCGGAACUCGGGGAGUUGUCGAGCCAAGACGAAAAGCGACUGAAACAGCUCACGCGUUCAGCGGAGCGCGAGAUUUUGAACAACGCUGAUGUUAUCUGCUGCACUUGCGUUGGUGCCGGUGACCCUCGUCUCGCGAAACUCAAGUUCCGCACUGUAUUGAUCGACGAAUCUACACAAUCCGCUGAACCGGAGUGUAUGAUUCCGUUGGUUCUAGGAUGCAAGCAGGUUGUCCUCGUUGGUGAUCACCAGCAGCUUGGACCCGUCAUUAUGAACAAGAAAGCAGCUAAAGCAGGUCUCAACCAGUCGCUUUUUGAGCGACUCUACCGUAUGCAUCCAUGUCUCUCAGAGUUCCCUUCGAACAUGUUUUACGAAGGUUCUCUGCAGAACGGCAUUUCUUCUAUCGAGCGUCUUCGUCGUGAUGUUGACUUCCCCUGGCCCAUCAGCGAUAAUCCCAUGAUGUUCUGGUCGAACUUGGGCAAUGAGGAGAUCUCUGCCUCUGGAACAUCUUAUCUCAAUCGUACAGAAUCCACAAAUGUGGAGAAAAUAGUGACCCGUUUCUUCAAGGCUGGUGUGCAGCCUCAAGACAUUGGUAUCAUUACCCCUUAUGAAGGGCAGCGUAGCUACAUCGUUAGCUCCAUGCAGGCAACGGGUACCUUCAAGAAGGAACACUACAAGGAAAUUGAAGUUGCUUCCGUUGAUGCUUUCCAGGGACGAGAGAAGGAUUUCAUCAUUCUCUCUUGUGUGCGUUCCAACGACCACCAAGGCAUCGGUUUCUUGAGCGACCCGCGUCGUCUCAAUGUUGCACUUACACGAGCGAAGUAUGGUCUAGCGAUCCUUGGUAACCCAAAGGUGCUAUCUAAGCAUCCUUUGUGGAACUGCCUGUUGCAGCACUUCAAAGAACGGCAUUGUUUGGUUGAGGGACCUCUGUCCAAUCUUCAGGAAUCCCUGAUCCAGUUCAGCCGCCCUAAACAGGCAUAUAGAGGGCCGCAGCGAUUCCAGAUGGCGUACAACCACGCCUCUAGCGUGACCAGCGGAAUGAUGAAUGGAAGAAAUGGCCAGCGCAACGACUUCCACGACAACGGAUCCGUGAUAGGCUAUAUUCCUGACGAUGUCUCCUCUGUCCACUCUUCUGCUCUUGGUGGUGUCGGUAUUCCUUCAGGGUAUCCUCCUAUGUUCCAGAACUUCGCAGACUCUUGGCCUGCCCUCCCAGGAAACCGUCGGGCCAAUGGCAACAGAGGAAAGGGAGCGCCUAGCAUUGCUGGUGAAUCCAUUGCGGCGACAGAAUCUGACGUUACUGCAAGUAUCAUUGAUGGCAAGAGUGUUGAUCAGGGCGGCGUGAGUCUCGCUGGACUGAGUAUCCACGAUAUGAGUAAACAGCCCAGUCUGUCCCAGUCCGACCGUUUGAAGCGCUACGUCGAAUCUGGUGGUCGCGAGCCUUACAAGCCUGGUGUUGCCGAUAAUAAUAGUAUUUUUGGUGGAAGCUCUGCCAGCAUUCGUGUUACUCGUGGUGUGCCAGGUCAUAUCAUUGAUGACGACGACACACGCAGUGUUUCUACUGCGUUUGCGAGCCAGGUGGGGGGAAACUACGAUUGA